AUGCUUCCCCCUAUAAAGGACAAAGGGCUGAAGGGUCUAACUGAAGUAACGGACCUCUUGACUGGAGGUGACGAGUCGAACGGAGUAUGCGAACGGCGCAUCCUUAGUCGAGGGGUGAUCCCCGUAAAAACGGUGCAUUAUAUGCGACCUCUCCUGUGCCGUGAACUGUUUAAGGGCUGGCACACACGCGCCGUCUCGCGGCGGAAAUGGCGUCUAACCGGAUAUUGUAUCGCGGCUUCAUCUCCGGCGGGCUUCCUAUUCCGCCCGCCUCCCACAGGCCUGUGCCUCGCC